CAGCAGGAAUCCAGGUCUCCAGGAGGAGGAAAAGGCCUAGUCCAACACUAUCCGAACCGUCUCUUACAGGUGGGACCCCACCCAGGUGGGAAACCCGGAAAUCCCGCGCGCGCGCUCCCACCACGCCCCCGUUUUAAUGCUCCGCCAACGGCAGCGGAGGCGGCCGCCAGACCGACGCCAACCAGAGCGUUUCCCGUUUCCUUCAGUUGGCGCCCUGAGCGAGCACCGAGCAAGCAAGCGCGUCGCCCGACCAGAGCGCCUCCGCCCCGCCGCCGCCGUUUCUUCUCCUCCGCGCGCCGGCGAUCCUGUUUUCCCGCCCUGCUGCCGCGCGCCGGUGGCCCAUGCAGACACGAUGAAGUUUGGUGCAACAUAUGAAGAGUACCUCCGCUUGGAGCAGGACAAGUACCUAGGACAAUGCUCCCGUGUAGAAUACAAACGCCUCAAGAAGGUACUGAAGAAAUGUCGAGUUGGUCGCUCGUUGCAAGUCGAUGGAGCAAAUGGUGAUGAGAAGCACCAGGGGAGCGAUGAAUAUUCAGACGUUUGUGAAUGCAACUCAUGCACAUUGUGUGAUGAGAUGUUCUUUACAGAACUCAACAAGGAGGCAUCGGAAAUAGCAGGCUGUUUCAGAUCUAGAGUACAACGUCUCCUCCACCUUCAUGUUCCUUCAGGAUUACAACGCUAUAUAUGGCGUUUUAGACAGUGUUUCAUAGAUGAUCAACAAAUAAUGGUUCAAGAAGGCAGAAUGCUUCUCAACUAUGUGACCAUGAAUGCUAUUGCUAUUCGCAAAAUUCUCAAGAAAUAUGACAAGAUACAUGGUUCUGUAAGUGGCAGAGAUUUCAGGAGCAAGAUGCAAACUGAGCAUACCGAACUGCUGCAAUCACCUUGGCUGAUAGAGCUUGGUGCUUUCCAUCUCAACUGUGACGACUCAGAUACUGAUGAACUUGGAGCUGGAGGGUUCUUCAAGAAUGGAUUCUUCAAGAAUUUUUCCUGCGACCUGACCGGAGCACAGCCAUUGCUAACAAUGACCAUAUCUGAAACUCUGAAGUACGAGUACAGCCUAACUUGUUCAAUCUGCUUGGACACUUUGUUCAACCCUUAUGCACUUAGCUGUGGGCAUCUAUUCUGCAAAGCCUGUGCAUGUGGUGCUGCUUCUGUCUACAUUUUCCAGGGUGUCAAGUCUGCACCUCUGGAUGCCAAGUGCCCUGUAUGCCGAGCGGUUGGUGUGUUUGGCCAUGCCGUGCAUAUGACUGAACUGGAAUUACUUCUCAAAAGAAGGGACAAAGAUUACUGGAGGCAGAGACUGCGCGAAGAGCGAACUGCGAUGGUGAAGCAAUCCAAAGAAUACUGGGACUCGCAGGCGAUACUAUCAAUGGGGAUCUGAAGUCAACAUUCUUACCAGUUCAACUGUUGUACCACUAAUGUUUGUCAAUAAUCAGUAAUCACCAAGAUGGCCAUCAAAGCUCAAGCAUAUGGAUGGUUCUCUGGCUGAUUACAUCUGUUAACUGCUAGCAAGCAUCAGCCAAGGAAUUUAACUGCGCUAAUAUAACAGAUAUUGGCAUAGCUGGGCCCCUGAUUCAUUCCAUUCUGUUGUUCUCCAGCUGGUUGUUCAGAUUUGGAAAAACCGACCAGAUUUAACCAAUUCCUUUGUUCCUCCCAUUCUAGUUUGGAAUGAUGCAAGAUGUCGCAUUUACCGAUGGUGUACGCUAUUGUAUUUACCUAGUUAUUGAUUCUUGGUGUGCUA